UACUACUACUACAACAACUACUACUACCACUACUACUGCUACCACUACUACUACUACUACUACUACUACUACUACUACUACUAUUACAACUAGAGCAUGGCGAGUUUCGAGACCAAACCCACCACCACAACCGCAGACGAGGAGGAGGGGUGGAGCAGCGGCCUCUUCUCAGCCUUCCGCAACAAGCCCUUCCCGUCCAUCUUUCCGCCCCAUGCCACACCUGUCACCUGCGAUGUUCUCUACGUGGGAAUGAUGUGCGGCUUCAUCGUCAUCUUCGUCUCCUUCCUCAGCAUCUUCCCCACGUUCAUGGGCGCGAAGGACAAGGCGAAGGUGUUUUCAAGGGUCGUCUGUGGCCUGACUCUUGGCACGGUGAUCAUGGCCUGCAAUUUCGGCCAGGAGUGGGAGAUCGGCUCUAUAAGGACCCACACACCGUAUCGAGCAGGCAGCGGGCAGGGGAUUUACGCUGACGUGGGCCUGCGUCUGGGCCUCCGAUCCGUCAAUAUUACGCUCAAAGCUGUGGAGGCGCCGCGUGGCCACCUGGCGGGCGAGAAGAUCAACUACAAUGAGCGGUUCUCCUGGGCGUGGGGACAAGGCAACCCCGGCUUCGGCCCCCAAGCGGGGGCCAUCCAGCGGGCGUACAGGGCGGCCCAGGUGAGGGGCGCACCGCUGCCUAUCCUGUGGGUUGCGGAGUACUUCACCAUAGACGGGGAAGGACUCAGGUUUGGCAGGCACUACAGAUUGGCUGGCUGGUACGCCCAUAUAUGUGUCUGGACCGCCUUCCCGCUGUGGAUUCUGACGCUGAUCCUAUUCAAGAUGGUGGUGAGGCUCGGCGCGCAGGCCCUCACGCUGACAGGGACAAUGCUCACCUGUGCCUCGCUCAUCUGGGCCUUCAACAGGAACCCCAUUGAGCUGCAGAUCCCGUUCGAGGCCGGAAUACUAAAAACGCACUUCGGGAUCCACUGGUACCUCUCGCUUGUUGUGGGUGUGUUGUGCAUGGUAUCAGGUAUGACGAUCUACCUGAUUGAUUACCACUUCCCAGGUACGCUGAGCUCGGUUUUCGGCAACAACCCGCUCAGCAUUGUGGAGCAGGAGACGACAGAGGAGGAACAACCCCAGGCGAGUGAUGAGCCGGGGACGAGCAAGAGGAUGAGCAUGCAAGCGGCUGGGCGGUGCGUGGUCACUACCCUGAGGCUCGUGGGCAGCAAGAGGCAGCUGAAGAGGGUGACCGACUACCCACAGGACUUGCGAGCAUCUCAGAGUACCGACAGUCUGGCCAGAGUUGAGGAAGACGACGACGACGAAGAAGGGACAGAAACACAAACAGAAGGAGAGCCACUACGGCCUGUCCAAUCCCUCCUCACCUGCCCGGCCUCGUACAAACACGGAGAGGUAAUGAUACACCUGGACGACGAGGGUACCACCGCCUCUACCUCACAACCCACCACGGGCAACGACAACCCAGCCUAUGAUGGUGGUGAUGGUGAUGGUGAUAAGGUUGUUUUGCGGAAGUAGUUGGUGGUUCGUAUGGAUUGUUGAGUGGAUGGUGAUGGUGAUGAUGAUGAGGAGGAGGAGGAGGAAGAUAUGAUGAUGAUGAUGAUGGUAAUAAGGUCGUUUUGCAGGAUUUGGAGUAGAGGGGAGUGUAAAGCGAAUGAAAAUGAUGAUGAUGAUGAUGAUGACGGAGAGGGUAAUAAUAAUGUGUUGCAGAAUCAGUCGGGAGUUUGAAUGACAUGAAAAAGUUGUGAAAAGAAAUAUGAAGUUGAUUACAAUUUUUAAGAAAGAGAAUGUUUGAUUUUUUAGUAUAAUAUGAAGAUUACAAUUUUUAAGAAAGAGAAUGUUUGAUUUUUUAGUAUAAUAUGAAGUUGAUUACAAUUUUUAAGAAAGAGAAUGCUUGAUUUUUUAAUAUAAUAUGAAGAUUACAUUUUUUAAGAAAGAGAAUGUUUGAUUUUUUAAUAUAAUAUGAAGUUGAUUACAAUUUUUAAGAAAGAGAAUGUUUGAUUUUUUAGUAUAAUAUGAAGAUUACAAUUUUUAAGAAAGAGAAUGUUUGAUUUUUUAGUAUAAGUGUAGAGGAGAUUAUGUAAUUUUCUUGUUGUUUUAAUGAUUUGGGUGUAUUUUUUUUCUUAGCAAAUUUUCAGAUCUUUGGAAAAAUGUAUAGACAGUUUGAUUAAGGUGUAUAUGAAAAGAUGAUGUCCCUUUUUCGUGUGUGUGGUGAUAAAUUUGAUGUCUAAUUGGGUUAAGUAUUUUUUUAUAUAUAUUACGGAAGGGCGAUUUAAUGAGGGAAUGUUGAAGUUUGUGGAUUUAAGGGGAAUAUUAAUUCGGGGGAUUUAAGGGAUGAGAAUGUUGAAUUUUGUGGAUUUCAUUUAAGGGAAGAGAAUGUUGAUCUUUAGGGUUAUAAGGGAUGAGAAUGUUGAAUUUUGUGGAUUUAAGGGAAAAAAAUGUUGAUCUUUAGAGUUAUAAGGGAUGACAAUGUUGAAUUUAGUUGAUUUUAGUUAAGGGAGGAGAAUGUUGAGUUUUGUGGAUUUAAGGAAAGAGAAUGUUGGUUUAGGGAGCUUUAAGGGAAGAGAAUGUUAGUUUUAUGUAUUUAAGAGCGGAAGAUGAUUUUUUUGGAUACAUUUAAGAAAAGAGAAUGAUACCUUUCUUUGGAUUUAAGAAGAGAAUGUUGAUUUA